AUGGAAAUGGUGUCUCUGGGGCCGAAAAAGGAUGGAAAUCCUAAUGCCGAGUUCUUCACGGCACCGGAAACGCUGCAGGGCUUCGAAACUGUGCGGUUGUGGCUCCAGAAACAUUGCAAGAAGAACCUCGCACCGGAUCCACCGACGAAAGAAUCGCUAGCUCAUCUCAUCAUCCAAUUCAUUCAGUACCAAGAGGCUAAGCUGGGCAAGAACUCCCAGGACCCUCCGACGACGCGGUUGCCGAUUCGAUAUUUUAUGGACUUCAAGCCAGGUGGCGCCCUUUGCCACAUCCUAUCGACCAUGUACCGAUACAAGGCGGAGCAGCGUUGGCGCAAGUUCGAUUUCACCGUCAACAAGAAUCCGAUGCGCAAGGAUCCGAUCGGUCAGAUGGUACUGGACAUCGAGACGGCACUAAUUGAGGCGGAAUGCAUGCGUUUACCCAUGGUUUACAUCCGGCCAGAGGUGGACCGGGCGACGGCGACCAAAAUUAACGACAUCGUCACAAACCAUCAAGGUGAAAUCACGAACGACGAAGAGGAAGCGACGCACAUCAUUUAUCCGGUGAUCGAUCCACUGCCGGAGGACUAUGCGAGGCCCAUGUUCCGGCGCGACAAGCACGUCAUGAUCCAUUGGUACUACUUCCCGGAGUCGUACGACACUUGGGUACCGAACACGUUCGAUUUGCCGGACAACAUCCCCGACAGCCCCCCAUCGCCCGCUGAGCGUUGGCGUGUGUCCGCUUCGUGGGUGAUCGAUCUAGACGACUACAACGAGUGGAUGUCGGAGGAGGACUACGAGGUAGACGAAGCGGGUCGCAAGAAGGUGCAUCCGCAUCGGCUAGGCGUGGAAGAUCUCAUGUCCACCGGAGUCGAGGAUAAGGUGAAGAAAACGCCAAAGGUGGUCAACUCGAAACGUAAACGAUCGCCAUCGCCAGCGGCAAAGGGUGGCAAGCGCAAAAGCUACCGCUCUCCGGCCUUCCAAAAGAAACGUGCCGACGACGAGGAAUCGGAAGAUCUGACCAAGGACAUGGAAGAUCCGGUACCGGAAACCAACAUCACUGAAGUGAAGGCCGGUUCCAGCACUUCGGCAUCGGGCCCAGCAACGCCACAACCGAAGCGUGACCCCGAUAUGCUGCCGAUGAAGUAUGCCAGUGUGACGGAUUUAGACGAUGAUGUUGAGCGGUCGAAUGCGGAUCGUGCCACCGGAACUGGUGGUUCGGUUUCCGGUGGAAUCGGUGGCGGUGCGGCAGCCGGUGGAGAGGAUAGCCAAGCCGGAAAGACGAGUGACAGUAGCAACACGCAGGAUUUCCCACAAGGCAAGGAUGACCUGGAGGACAAUGUGACGGAGCAGACGCAUCACAUCAUCGUCCCGUCGUACGCCGCUUGGUUUGACUACAACUCGAUCCAUGUCGUUGAAAAGCGUGCCCUACCCGAGUUCUUUAAUGGUAAAAACAAAUCAAAAACACCGGAAAUUUACAUGGCGUACCGGAACUUUAUGAUCGACACGUACCGUCUCAAUCCGACCGAGUAUCUCACGAGCACGGCCUGUCGGCGCAACUUGGCCGGAGACGUGUGCGCAAUCAUGCGUGUGCAUGCGUUUCUGGAGCAGUGGGGUUUGAUCAACUACCAGAUCGAUGCGGAUUCGCGCCCCACGCCCAUGGGACCACCGCCGACGUCGCACUUCCACGUGCUGAGCGAUACACCGUCCGGGUUGCAGCCAAUCAAUCCGCCCAAGACGGCGCAACCGUCGGCGGCGAAAAGUCUGCUCGAUCUGGACAAGAAGCCGCUCGGUGAAAAGAAAGAUCUUGAACCGUUGGGUCCUGGUGUGGUCGGAGGAAUGCUCGCUGGGCCACCGGGCCUAGGUGGGGUAGGGCCACCGGUAGGGCCAGGUGGUGCGCCCGGAAUCAUCGGUCCCGACGGUAUCAAGGUGGAACCGGGAAGCGUUCCCAGUGCCGACCCGAACGGCCAGUUUGGUCUCCGAUUGGAUCAAUACACGAGGAAGCCGGCUGCGAUGCGCAACCGGACGGCGGCCAGUAUGUCCCGCGAGUGGAGCGAACAGGAAACGUUGCUGCUGCUCGAGGGACUCGAAAUGUACAAAGACGAUUGGAACAAGGUGUGUGAACACGUCGGUUCACGCACACAGGACGAGUGCAUUCUGCACUUUCUGCGACUGCCGAUCGAAGAUCCGUACCUCGAGGAUGAUAACACGUUCCUCGGACCGCUCUCGUACCAGCCGAUUCCGUUUAGCAAGGCUGGUAAUCCAAUCAUGUCGACCGUAGCUUUUCUGGCGUCUGUCGUCGAUCCGCGCAUCGCGGCCAGUGCUGCCAAGGCUGCAAUGGAGGAGUUUGCCGCCAUCAAGGACGAAGUGCCGGCCUCGAUGAUGGAUGCACAUCUGAAGAAUGUGGAGAAGUCGAGCUUCGGUGGCAAGUUCGAUCCAUAUGCCGGUCUCACCAACAGUGGAAUCGCUGGGACCGGCGCGGAGAAAGAAAAGGAAGCUGAAGAAGGGGAAAACAAAUCGCCGGCUGCGACGGCAACGGCCGCUUCUGCGGCGACGACUGCCGCAGGAAGCACCCCUCCGGGCGGUUCGUCGGCGAAUGCUGGUCCGUCCAGCGCUCCAUCCACCACCAAUACCGACGUCGAGAUGAAGGAUGUAUCUAAGAAAGAGGACACCGCGGAGAAAGAAAAAUCCACCGAUGAACCCGUUAAACCAACUGUCGAUUCUGAUGCUCCGGCAGCAACCGAGACAAAGAGUGCUACCGAUGCGGACGCUGCUGGUAGUCCUUCGGCGGCCACUCCGACUGCCGCGCAAGCGGCGGAUGGUACCGCCUCUGCGGCCACCUCUAAAGAUAAAGAAAACAAGGACGCGCCUUCGGCGGUGCCCGAAACCCCUGCCGCACCCACAACAGUGUCCACGGUGGCGAAGGAGAACACUGACCCGAAACUGUUCAACGAGGGUAACCUUCAGGCGGCCGCUGCUGCCGCGCUUGCUGCUGCUGCCGUGAAAGCCAAGCACCUGGCAGCGGUCGAGGAGCGCAAAAUCAAGAGCCUUGUGGCGCUGCUCGUGGAGACACAGAUGAAGAAACUGGAAAUUAAACUGCGCCACUUUGAGGAGCUCGAGACGACCAUGGAACGGGAGCGGGAAGGGCUCGAGUACCAGCGGCAACAGCUCAUCCAGGAGCGCCAGCAGUUCCACCUCGAGCAGCUGAAGGCGGCCGAAUUUCGUGCCCGCCAGCAGGCCCACCAGCGCUUCCAGAUGGAGCAAGGUCAGUGGCAACAGCAGCAGCAACAGGCGGCAGCGGCCCAGCAGCAGCAAGCGGCCGCACAACAGCACCUGCAGCAUCAGCAACAGCACCCGCACCAGCAGCAGCCCCAAGGACCGACGGCGGUCUCCGGUGCACCGACCGCAGCAUCUGCAUCAGGCCACUCCGCCGCCACGGCCGUACCGCACAACGCCAUGCCCAAUCCGGCAGCUAAUGCUCAAAAGCUGCCACAGACGCCAUCUAUCGCUGGUGGCCCGGCAGCAACAGCACCUGGGGUGCCACCAAUGCCUGGCGCCAACAGCUCCCAGGCACCUCCGGUGGUGCCGCCGCCAACAUCCUUACCCUUGGUCAACAACAGCCACAUCCCGGUGGCAGCAGCGGGCAACGGUAUCCCUCCUACCUCCAUUCAACCCUCCUCUACGAAUCCUACUACCGACGGCACUACGCCAAAUAAUAUUAUGCCCCCGGCGGGAACGCCACAGCAGCAGCAGCAACAAUCGCAAGUGGCAGCACCGCCUUCCCCGUCCGCGGGACCCCCGGCGGCGGGCGACGGAACGACAGGGCCCGUGCUGCCCGAAGCAACUCCAGCAGGCCAUGCGCUGCCAAUGGUCCCCUCCUCUGGCCCUGGACCUCAACUGGCUCAACACCAACCGGCCCAAGUGCAGGACCACCACCACCCGGGGUCGGUGGCGGCAGGGCAGCAGCCACAAGCCGCGCCGCAACAAGGAGGAGCCACGGCUCUUCCGGUCACAUCCUUGGUCGAAGCGCCAUCACCGGAAGAGGCAGCUUCGGUAACGCCUCCGUCCGCGAUCAGUGGUGGAUCGGCAGCGGAGGGCAACCAGCCAGCGGAGACAGUGGCGACAUCCAACGCUCCCGGGGAACCGGGAGUCACGAAUCUUCCGACGAACGGAGCCAACGCCAGCGUACCACCACCGAGCGCGACAACGGUUCCACCUUCGUCAUAACUCCGUAGGAAGACUCUCGGCCCUCGAAAGCGAACCACCGUCAAUCCGCCAACGGAUUGUUCCUUACGCGGCCGCCGUCGUGGUGGUAGAAGGGCGCGACGUCGUGGCGUAGGGCGCGGACAAGCAAGUACCCGCUGAUAAGAACGCCAGGUCCUGCCCCCGUAGGUUUGGGUAACUCGAGCUACGUUGGGUAGCCCCACUUGUGUGUGUGUAGAAUGUGUCUUGAUUUUAUUUUUACCGCCUUCUGGCACCCCCCGAUCCGCAGAUCUGUUUUUGCUACUUUACUUUUUGUGUUGUAAGCACUUCUUGCUCCUUACACAUCUUUCUUUCGCAGAUUGUCUUGUAUUAUUUAAAAUAUUCAUUCCUCUCUGCCUAGGGUAAGGAAGAUAUGCGCAUUAUGCAGAUUAUUAAGCCGUUUGUAGCAUCAGAUUGUCGUCGUCGUCGUCGUGUUAGUGUUCUGACCCCUUUUUUCUGUCGCGCCUUUUACUUUUGACGCAAAGAUAGAAAACACACACAUUUAGGAUGUGAGAAGCUAGGAAGCUAGACAUUAACGACAAAUCCUCUGCCCACAUUUUUCUAUAAAU